AUGUUGUCAAGAGUUGUUCGCUGUCGUGGACCAAGAUUCCGUGAUCUGACUGCAGCUCCAGUUUUGCUAAAGACUUAUGGGAUUGCCAAGGCUUUCCCAGUUGGUUCAGUGGGAUACAGAACAGCUGCGAAAGCAGCCGAAGCGUCAGUAAGAGCUUUACUUGCGUACGCCCAGCCAAUAGCAGAUGACGCAAACGAUGGUGAUUCCAUCCGACGAGGACCUUGGACUUCUCUGUGCUCUGAAGUAAUAUCAUACAUAACCACCGCACCAUACACAUUUGUUCUGGCUUAUUAG